AUGAGGGAAUACACUGAGUAUUCUGAUUUAGUUGCAGCUCUUCUGGUGGUAGAACAAAAUAAUGAGCUCCUUAUAAAAAACCACCAGCCACGUCCCAUAGGAACAAUGUCAUAUCCUGAAAUUAAUGCCACGACCUUUAAUCGUGGGCGUGGUGACUUUAAUCGUCUUAAGAGACGUGGUGGUCAUGUUCGUUAUGAUGGUAAUAAUGGUCAUGCUCGUUUUGAUGGUCAAAAUCAAGGAGGAUAUCAUGGUCGAAACCUUUUCCACGGUCGAAACUAUUUUCGUGGUAGAGGACGUGGACGAGGUUAUAUGAAUAAUUAUAGAUCCCCCAGAUAUGACCAAAAUAAUUGGAAUCGCAAAGGAAAGGGUAAGUAUAUCCAAGAAGGUCCCUCAAGGAAUUAUGAGGAUAUAUGCUACAGAUGCGGAAAGAAAGGCCAUUGGUCUAAGGUGUGUAGAACACCAGAACACUUGUGUAAAAGACCAAUGGCAUAUGCUGAAGAAAAGGGAAAAGAAGUGAAUUUUAAUGAGAUUGAACCCAGAAACAAUAAUACCUAUUUUGAGACUGCUGACUUUGUUGGAGGUGAAACUGAUUAA